AUGGUGUGUAUUCUGCUCUUCACGAUCGAUACGUACGAGGAUACGAUCAGCGUCAAUCCAGACACAUCCUAUCUCGAAUGGAACAGCACAUUUCCGGCCAUCUCGUUAUGUUACGCAAAAGGUCGCACCAAUCAGAUAUCGAACUUUCUGAAGGAGUAUUGGCAGGCCACAAACUUUACUCCAACCAAAAGGUGGGCUACUAUGAAUGCCUUCGCUAUGGCGCAAACCUAUCUGUUCGUUAGCCCAAAUAGUAACCUGGACGAAGACAUCACCGGUAUAUGCGAGGGUCUUAACAGUACCUGUAAUCUCAAUCUGCAAGUAAUGAAAACUAAAUUUCUUCCCUCCGAUUGUAAGGAGGUCUUGUUUGACGUGAAGUUUAUUGGAGAACCGUACGAUUGUGACCGUCUCUUCGAAUUUACGCUUACCGAAAUGGGGAGCUGCUUUACGACCAACAGUAUCUAUAAUCAUGGGUUACAGUUUGAACAGUUACCGUUACAGUUUAACUUUUGGACCCGUAAAAGAAGAUUAGAGUUUCGCUAUCGAAAUCACGAUACUAUCAAUUACAUGAUGUACAUUCACAGCCCCGAAGACUAUCCCAACUUUGUGGAGCCAUUUUAUGCGCUCAGAAAGUCUGGCUUUGUGUCUCAUUUCAUGCUUCAGAUCACCGAAACCGUCAACAAGCAAGAGGUAAAAGAUGAGCCGAUCGACAAACGGAACUGCAAAUUUCCCUCUGAAAGACUAUCGCCGACGUUAGCGUAUAGCUUUUCGCAGUGUUUUUUAUAUAAUCGAAUCCAACUCGAGCUGCAGUUUUGCAACUGCACCAUUCCAACGUCUCCGAAAGAAUUUGAAGAGUUCUACUGCGAUUUCAAAGGUCUUCUCUGCAUAAACAAAGCAAACGUAAAAUAUUAUACCAAACACGUACAUGCCGUGCAUAAAGAAAGUUCAUGCAUGCAAUCAUGUGAAUCUCUGGAAACACACGUGAUUGGUGAAACGUACCAGUCUACAGAAACAGCUUCGGAACCAGGAAAAGUCAUACUCGAAGUGCUGAAUGUCCCAAUUUUCCGCUACCAAAGACGUGUAAUCCGAAAUAAGCUUGAUUUUGUCGUCUCAUUAGGUGGCAUUGGAGGAUUAUUUUUUGGAGUCUCGCUAAUAAGCAUCAUAGAGCUUAUUUACUCAAUGUUCUUCAAACCAUACAACCUGAAAGUGAAAUUUUCCAAUAACAAGUGGAUCGUAAUAGAUAAAAAGUAA